AUGUCGGGCAUCCCGCAUGAGGAGUUGCCGAUCCUCGAGGCGCUGAUUAACAUCCGCAACCAACUCACUGCGCUCAAAAAAGACAGUGCCGAGUAUACCAAGCCGCAAGAGGUGCAAUCCAUCUACAAUGCCGUGAUCAAGCAGAUCACCAAGCUGAACACGAUCCGCGAGGAGCAGCAAGUAACCGAUGCUGUGCAGGAUGCCGGAAAGGAUGGUGGCUGCAGCAGCGCCAAGACAGACGGCGAGUACGCGGCGCCGGUCAUGAAGAAUACCCGUGUGGACACGAUGCUGGUCGACGUCUUUUACCUGCUGAGUCUCUUUUUCAUCACGGUCGGCCGCAGCCGCGAGUGCCCUGCGAUGUUUAGCCAGAUUGGGUGCAUGAAGCAGUUGCUGGACCACAUGGACGAGUCCGGGGUCUACACAGAGGCCGACCUGAAGCCGUUUUCGUCGCGCAUCCAAGAGCUGCGCGAGAUUGUCAAGAGCGACGAGCGCGAGAACAAACAUCCUCCGCAGCUCACCAAGCUGAUGAUGCGCAAGCUCGAGGUGUGCCAGCAGCUCGUGAACAAGCUCGAGUCCACGCUCUCGGUGCUCUCGGUGGAGCUGCUGCCUAUCCAUCAGAAGCUCGUCUCGAUCCGGCGGCAGCUCUUUGCAAUCGCGGCCAAGCGCAAGCCGGCCAAGUCCGACGUAAAGCAGCUGCAGGAGGAGCUGCGCAAGAUCGAGUCGAAGCGUGUCGACGGCAAGUUCCUCGGGCCGGGCGGCUCGUCGGUGCCGGAGGGCCAAGAGAUCCUUGCGGGUCUGCUCGAGAGCUGUUUCGAGACGAGCAACGAUAUCCUCGUGCGGAACAGCACCGUGUCGCCGACGCUGCAGCCGAUCUACGAUCGCCUGAUGGAGACCAAGCAGCAGCUCGAGCACCUCGAGCAGCGCCACCGCUGGACGCUGCGCGAGACGGAUCUCUGGACCUACCACCUGACGCUCAAGGACAUUGACCGGCUUCGCGUCAAUGGCAAGUUUGUCGACAACGAGGGCCGCCAGCCCGAGGGCCAGCUCGUGCUCCUGUACCUGCUGCGGCGGUGCUACAACCUGAUCAACAAGCUCAUUUCCUCGUCCGAGCCGCUCUCAGAAGAGCUCAUGCCGAUCUCGAACAAGCUCUCGACGAUCUCCAAGUGCCUGAAGGAGGUGAGCAAGUACGGGGGGACGUUUACGCUCCGCGAUCUUUACCCCUACCGCCUCGCUCUGCACCAGAUCGAUGCGAUGCGCAAGCCGGUGCCCGACAAGCAGGGCGAUCCGACGGAAGAGCUGCGGUGGCUCGCGCGCAAUGGGUCCGUGCCCGAAGGCCAGACGAUCCUCCAGGCGCAGUUCGAAGAGGUCGAGCAGACCAUCGAGGAGCUGCUGAACCGCGAAGAGGAGGAGGACGACGAGGACGAGGAGAUCGGCGACGAUACCCUCGACGGCUCGAUGCUCAGCAGCCGCUCGGUCACGACCGAGGGCACCGAAGAGGGCACGGCCAGCGAAAGCGACUUGGUCGUCUCGACCAUCAUCGAAAGCCGCUCCGGCGCGAGCGCGACCAGCCACUCGGCAGACACCGACGUGGCCAUUGGGACGUUGGCUAUUGCGUAG